AUUUGAGACACACACCAAAACCACCACCUUUCUCUCUCUCUCUCAUUUUAAAAUAUACGCCUGCCACUUCGAGACACUUUGGACACAACACCAACCAACCCUCUCACUCUCACUUCAAACUUCUUAUAUUAUGUAAUUCAUAAGACUUGGAUUUUAGACAGAGCUGAAGAGAGCUAGAAGUUUCUGUGUUUGGCUAAGGAAAAAAGAAAUGGCCGAUGAAGGUGACGCCAUGCAUGCUGUUCUCAAGGAAGCUGUGGACUUGGAAAACGUGCCAAUUGAGGAAGUUUUUCAGACUCUAAGGUGUGACCAAAAUGGUCUCACAACAAAGGCUGCUGAGGAGAGACUUGGUAUCUUUGGCCAUAACAAACUUGAGGAGAAGCAGGAAAGCAAGCUUCUCAAGUUUUUGGGAUUCAUGUGGAAUCCUCUUUCUUGGGUCAUGGAAGCUGCAGCAAUCAUGGCGAUUGCUUUGGCAAAUGGAGGAGGGAAACCACCUGAUUGGCAAGACUUUGUUGGGAUUAUUACACUUCUGCUUAUCAAUUCGACUAUAAGUUUUAUAGAGGAGAACAAUGCUGGUAAUGCUGCCGCUGCUCUCAUGGCUCGCCUAGCGCCUAAAGCCAAGAUCCUUCGAGAUGGGAAAUGGGUUGAGGAGGAUGCCAGUAUCCUUGUUCCGGGUGAUAUAAUUACAAUUAAGCUUGGGGAUAUUAUCCCGGCAGAUGCCCGUCUCCUUGAAGGUGAUCCAUUGAAGAUUGACCAGUCUGCACUAACCGGCGAGUCGCUUCCGGUCACAAAAGGCCCUGGUGAUAGUGUUUAUUCAGGGUCUACAUGCAAGCAAGGAGAGAUCGAAGCUGUUGUUAUUGCCACUGGAGUUCAUACCUUCUUCGGCAAGGCUGCUCAUCUGGUUGACUCUACAAAUCAAAUUGGCCAUUUUCAAUCGGUCCUAACCGCGAUUGGGAACUUCUGCAUAUGCUCAAUUGCUGUGGGAAUGAUAGUGGAGAUCAUUGUCAUGUAUCCAAUUCAGCAUCGAAAGUAUCGCCCUGGGAUAGACAAUCUGCUUGUGCUCCUUAUUGGAGGAAUUCCAAUUGCCAUGCCUACUGUUUUGUCAGUGACAAUGGCAAUUGGAUCCCAUCGCCUAUCUCAGCAGGGUGCUAUUACUAAAAGAAUGACAGCAAUAGAAGAAAUGGCUGGCAUGGAUGUAUUGUGUAGUGACAAAACCGGAACUCUUACGUUGAAUAAACUAACAGUUGACAAGAAUCUUAUUGAGGUUUUCGCUAAAGGAGUUGAUGCAGAUAUGGUGGUUCUCAUGGCUGCUCGCGCUUCAAGAGUGGAAAACCAAGAUGCUAUCGAUACGGCUAUUGUAGGGAUGCUGAGUGAUCCGAAGGAGGCCAGAGCUGGUAUUCGAGAGGUUCAUUUCCUUCCGUUCAAUCCAACUGACAAAAGGACUGCUCUGACUUACAUAGACAGUGACGGUAAGAUGCAUCGUGUCAGCAAAGGUGCACCGGAACAGAUCUUGAAUCUUGCACACAAUAAAUCAGAGAUUGAGCGAAGAGUCCAUUCCAUCAUCGAUAAGUUUGCUGAGCGAGGAUUACGGUCUCUUGCAGUAGCUUACCAGGAAGUUCCUGAAGGAAGGAAAGAAAGUCCAGGAGGGCCGUGGCAAUUUAUCGGACUCAUGCCUUUGUUUGAUCCGCCUAGACAUGAUAGUGCCGAGACAAUACGCCGGGCAUUGAAUCUUGGAGUAAAUGUUAAAAUGAUAACAGGUGAUCAGUUAGCUAUAGGAAAGGAAACAGGGAGGCGUCUCGGAAUGGGAACCAACAUGUAUCCUUCGUCGGCAUUAUUGGGCCAGAACAAGGAUGAAUCAAUUUCUGCCUUGCCAGUUGAUGAACUCAUUGAAAAAGCUGAUGGAUUCGCCGGCGUUUUCCCUGAGCACAAAUAUGAGAUUGUGAAACGUUUACAGGCGAGGAAACACAUAUGUGGGAUGACUGGUGACGGUGUUAAUGAUGCCCCGGCGCUUAAGAAAGCAGAUAUUGGAAUAGCUGUUGCUGAUGCAACCGAUGCGGCUCGUAGUGCAUCUGACAUUGUUCUAACAGAACCAGGUCUAAGUGUUAUUAUCAGUGCUGUGUUGACCAGCAGGGCAAUAUUCCAGAGGAUGAAGAACUACACGAUUUAUGCAGUUUCCAUCACAAUCCGUAUUGUGCUUGGCUUCAUGCUACUUGCUCUCAUAUGGCAAUUUGAUUUUCCACCAUUCAUGGUGCUGAUUAUUGCUAUCCUUAAUGAUGGCACCAUUAUGACAAUAUCUAAGGACAGGGUAAAACCAUCUCCAUAUCCAGAUAGCUGGAAGCUGGCAGAGAUAUUUACUACCGGAAUCAUUCUUGGCGGUUAUUUGGCUAUGAUGACAGUUAUCUUCUUUUGGGCAGCAUAUAAAACAGAUUUUUUCCCUAGAACAUUCGGGGUGUCGAGUCUUCAGAAGAAGGAUGUGGAUGACUUCAGAAAGCUUGCGUCGGCGAUCUACCUACAAGUUAGUACAAUUAGCCAGGCUCUCAUCUUUGUGACACGAGCACGGAGUUGGUCAUAUGUGGAGCGUCCGGGUUUGUUUCUUGUAUCAGCCUUUGUCAUUGCCCAGCUGAUAGCAACACUAAUUGCGGUUUAUGCCAAUUGGAGCUUCGCGGCAAUUGAGGGGAUUGGAUGGGGUUGGGCUGGUGUUGUGUGGCUAUAUAAUCUCAUCUUUUAUAUUCCACUUGAUUUCAUCAAGUUCGUUAUUCGAUAUGCCUUGAGUGGCCGGGCUUGGGAUCUUGUUAUUGAACAAAGGAUUGCUUUCACAAGGAAAAAGGAUUUCGGAAAGGAAGAACGUGAACUUAAAUGGGCGCAUGCACAGAGAACUCUUCAUGGACUUCAUCCGCCGGAGACCAAGAUGUUCAGUGAACGUACAACUUACACUGAACUUAAUCAAAUGGCUGAAGAGGCUAAAAGACGAGCAGAGAUUGCCAGAUUGAGAGAACUGCAUACACUGAAAGGCCAUGUUGAGUCAGUGGUUAGACUGAAGGGGCUUGACAUUGACACAAUACAGCAAGCAUACACUGUGUGAUAGCAACCAAAUAUGUGUAAGGACAAUUUUGUCCUCCAUCUCCAUUGAGUGCUAGACAAUUUUUGGUCUAUCUAUGAUCUAAUAGUUUAGAUAGAUUGUGUUGGGUGUGAGACUACUUUUUGUGCACACAAAUUUCUGAUGUUGAUUAGCUCUAUAUGCUUAUUUGUA